AUGAAACAUUUGGUGUUAUUGGUUGGUUUAUCAUAUGUUAUCAUGCAUUCUUCUCCGCCAGAAAUUGUGCAUAAAUGUGUAUUUUUAUUUUCUAUGGGGUAUCUCGUUUUCAUACAUUGGUAUCGAUGGUAUAUACUAAAAAUAGUCUCUGUUGAUAUCACGGGUCCGAUGAUGGCAAGCUUUCGUUUUUCUUUCUUUUCUACUUAUCUUUUUCGACUCUGCAAUUAUUUAUCACAACCACCUAUUACGAUACUGGUUCAAAAAGUGACGGUACUUGCAUUUUCAUUACAUGAUGGUAAGGUAAAAAAAAGUGAUGAGUUAAAUGAAAUACAGAAAAGAGAAGCCCUGAAAUCAGUACCUGAUAUUUUGAGCUUUCUGAGUUAUAUGUUUCAUUUUCAAGCGGUUUUAACAGGACCAGCUUGUUUUUACACGGAUUAUAUGGCGUGGAUUGAUGGAAUAGCUGCUGUUGGUAAGGAUGGAAAGAUUGAAAAGCCCUGGCGUGCAGUAUUAACUAAAUUAUUACAAGCGACAGUGUUCAUGUUGUUAUAUGUUUUUUUUGGUGAUUGUUUUACUCCUGAUAUUAUCAUCGAUAAAUAUAUGAACGUGAAUUGGGUCCAUUGGUUAUUUGUAUUGUAUGUUGUAAUGGCUUUUCAACGUGUGCCAUAUUAUGUUGCAUGGACUUUGGGUUAG